AUGCUGAAGUUCGCUGCCCUCCUUUCGGCUGCAUCUCUGAUACCGGCCUUCGUCCAGGCCGCCGCUCCUCUAUACGGACAGUGCGGAGGUCAAGGCUGGACUGGUGACACUACUUGUGUUUCUGGUGCCACUUGCGUAUUCUCGAACCAGUGGUAUUCUCAGUGCUUGCCUUCAAACCAACAACCUCAGCCGUCGACAGCAACUACGGUAGCCCCUACUACUGCCGCUCCGACAAACGUCCCCGCGCCGACAACGGCCCCCGAUGCAGGCAACCCCUUCAAUGGAUACACUAUUUAUUUAUCCCCCUACUAUGCCGAUGAGGUCACUGCUGCCGCCGCGGCGAUUUCCGACGCUACACAGAAGGCGAAGGCAUUGCGUGUUAAAGACAUCCCCACCUUCAUCUGGUUCGACGUUAUCGCCAAAACCCCACAACUCGGGGUCUACCUUGCUGAUGCUGAUGCGAAGGCCAAGGCGUCCGGCGAGAAGUACCUUGUCCAGAUUGUCGUCUAUGAUCUCCCCGAUCGUGACUGCGCUGCCGCUGCCUCCAACGGAGAGUUCUCUAUCGCCAACAAUGGUAUGAACAACUACAGGAGAUACAUUGACCAGCUGGUUGCCGAGAUCAAGAAAUACCCUGACGUCCGUAUCGUUGCCGUCAUUGAGCCCGAUUCAUUGGCCAACCUGGUCACCAACCUGAACGUUGCCAAAUGUUCUGGCGCUCAGGAUGCCUACAAGCAAGGCACGACCUACGCCAUCCAACAGCUCAACGCUGUUGGUGUCUACAUGUACCUCGAUGCUGGCCACGCUGGCUGGUUGGGCUGGCCUGCCAACCUGAACCCUGCUGCCCAGCUCUUCUCCGACCUCUACAGGGCUGCUGGCUCUCCCCAGUUUGUUCGUGGUCUCGCUACCAACGUUGCCAACUACAAUGCCCUCAAUGCUGCCAGCCCUGAUCCAGUCACGCAAGGUAAUCCAAAUUACGAUGAGAUGCACUUCAUCAACCAACUCGCCCCACAACUGACCUCCGGAGGCUUCCCUGCCCACUUCAUCGUCGACCAAGGCCGUUCUGGCGUCCAAGGUCUCCGUCAAGCGUGGGGUGAUUGGUGCAACGUCUACGGUGCUGGCUUCGGAACGCGCCCCACUCUCAACACUGGCUCUAGCCUCAUCGAUGCUAUCGUCUGGAUCAAGCCCGGAGGUGAAUGUGAUGGAACUUCCAACACCUCUGCAGCACGCUACGAUACCCACUGCGGCAUCGCGUCUGCCCAUAAGCCCGCUCCCGAGGCUGGUACCUGGUUCCAAGCUUACUUCGAGAACUUGGUCAAGAACGCCAACCCCCCGCUCUAA